GGUUCCCCUAUAAAUGACGGGGCCGGCUCCGUCCCCAUGGCUAGCUAGCUACCUAGCACGUACCUAGGCGACUCCCUUUUGACCCUUCUUCUUCCUCCUCCUCCUCCCUCGGCUCGGCUAUAUAUACGCAGCAACCACCUCUCACUUCCCUAGCUAUCUUCAAUUCACCACUAGAUUUCCGAAUCUCCAGCCCCUUCUUCAUAGCACAGAUGAUGAGGAUGUUCUUCGAGGAGGACGCGCCGCAGCCAGACGAGCAGCUAUGCAUUGAGGGGAUCUCAAGCCCCAUAGCUGCUCACAUACUUGAUUUCUGCGAUGACGGCCUGGGUGAUAACCUCCUUGCCGCAGUGACCUCUACCUCCGGCCCAUUUGCAGCCUCCUCUGAGGAUGUUUCAUCCUCCUCCACUGCCACCCCUCCCCUCUGCAGCUACAGCGAUGACAUCCCAGAAAUGCCCUUCUCCCCGUUACCCUGCUUUGACUCCACUCUCUCAGCCCUACUUGAGGAAGAGCAAAACGCUUGCCCUGAUACCAAGCUCAUUCCCCCAAUCAACGAGACACUUGCAGCAUCAGGAUACUAUCAAGCUGUGACCGGAGAGACCAGCAUAGAGCAAUUCGGCCAACCACGGCUUCCCCAGAGUAUAGCUGAACCCUUGCUGGCAAUGCAAAUGAGCAGCACUGCACCUAUCUCGAUGCCUCUUGCUCCAGGGUGUGAUGAAGAUUGCCUCACGGCAGCACUAGCCAGAGGGUACAUGAGCCUGGAUGGUGCCCUGUAUCCGCAAACAGGAGCAAUGAUCCCGAGUUACAACACAGAGGCAUCAAAAGUAGGAUUCUUCAAUGGUAAUAGUGCUAAUAGCAAUGGUAUGGUGGUGUUAGAUAUGAGUGACAUCGGUGAGUAUCAGAGGAUGAUGGAAGGCGAAGGACUGACCAGAACAUAUAGCGAUACAGAUUCCAUGAAGGGGGCUUAUAGCAACACUGCAGAGAUGCAGAAUGCGGGGAACAACCAAGACCUGGUAAAUGGAUGCAACGGAAGCCCACCAACAUUACCUCCAACAGAAAUCUCAGGAAUAGAAGAUUCCACCUUCAAAGUUGUGCGUCUUUCAGCUGAACAGAGGAAGGAAAAGAUCCACAGGUACAUAAAGAAAAGGAAUGAGAGGAACUUCAGCAAAAAAAUAAAGUAUGCUUGCAGAAAAACUUUAGCAGAUAGCAGGCCCCGUGUCCGUGGAAGGUUUGCAAAGAACGAGGAACUUUGUGAAGCAACAAGAUCAAGCUCCCAAAAUCAUGAACAGUAUGGACAGAUUGCGGGUGCAGAUGGAGAAGACAUGCUUGACUCGUCCGAUAUUCUGGCACAUUUGAGUGGGAUAAACAACUACAGCUAUAAGUAUAAUUGUACCAUUGAAUCAUGGAUAUGACUACCACACCUGCAAAAACUAAAGUCUGUGUUCCGCUUUCAGUUGUGCAACCAUAAUCCAUAGUUUCCCCUUGAUCUAGCAAAAUAAGGCUACAGCUUUACAGGUUCUGUCACAGGAGAAGUGCUUCUAGUUCAAGUUAUGGUAGAUUUGGUGUAUUAUCAAUCUGUUACCUUAUGCCGUUCUUAACAGUGAGUGUGUUAGUUAGAGUCUCCAGAGCAGUGAUUUGUAAAAAUAGAAUUGUGUCCUUGUCGUAAUAAACAGUAUCAAGAGUUACCCAAACUAUUCGCCAUUCUAAGGUCUCCCCACUUGGUGUAAAUAAUAACAGUAUUCACGGGAGAACAAGGCGUGGAAGUAAGGCAACUCUGGACAAUGUAAAAAAUCUGAAUAACACUCCAGUACAGAGAAUCCGUAACAUCUGGCCGUAUGUCAAGAAGAUUGACAAAUUAGAAUCCAGUACGAUAUAGGAGUAAUUAAAAUGAGAGUUGCAGCUCGGAAACUUCUGCCAUUUCAAGUAUAAUCAUAUAUGCAAUCAAAUACUGGAAAUGCACAAGGCAUUUGUUAACAUGAUCAUGUUGCUGGUCAUAAGCAAUUAGUGCAUCACAGACCAUUUGUACGUGAAAGCUUAUGCACAUCACCAUUGGAUAGCAGAAAUGCAGUACUCACAUAAUGUGGUUGGAUUCAUUGAAUUACAAGCAAAAGGCAGAAUGGGCUUAUAACCAAUUAGGCCAAGAACUCCAUAUUUUAAUUAGUGGCAAAAAGAGAGCAACUCCAUCUUAAAAAUAAUUACCCAUCCAUCAAGAGGACCGCAGAAAAUGAGAAAAAUAAACUGGACGGAGAAGAUCCUCCUCGAGGAUUCUGAACUAUUCUAGGCCGAACCCUUGUAGAUCGGGUCAGUUACAACAGAGAACCCAAAAGCCUAUCUAACACCAGGCCCAUUGUACAGGCCCAAGAUAAAGAAAUAAUGAACAUUGCAGUUAUAAACUUAUAAUUCAUUUCAGAUACAUGUUGUACUUAGAAAAAAAGGUUGUAGUAGAACUCAAAGGUGAAGUGCACACAACAAUGGGCACUGUUUUUACAUCAUGUACUCAGUAACGCUAAGAGUGUGGUGAGAGGUUCUUGUCUUCUUGACAACAAAACAUAAACAUUUCAAUUGAUGGGUUUCAGCCUGCAUUCAAGUUAUCCAACAAUGACCCACAAUAUAGAAAAUCCGCAGUUGGUUAACAGGGAAAAUCCUAACUUAUACAUUAAUUUUUCAUUCUUUCUGAAGUUGAAACACUGCCUCUAAGGUUCCAGCAAAAGUUCCAACCUGACCAUAAAUAAUUUAAACAUCUCAAGUUAAACGGAAACACCGUCCCCUCCAGAAGUGAAACUGGAAGGUGGAAGCAUUGCCAUAUUGAAAUUCUCUACAUCAGCAAAACUAUCAUCAAUAGUACCAAAUUCCCAAACUCAAUAUAAAACCAGAGAAGUAACAGCUAACUGAAGAGGUAUAUGGAGACAAGUAGUGAGCAUAAACCACCGAUUUUAUUUACUUUACUUGUUGAUUGAGGGGUAAUGCACAAACAAGCAGUCGCAGCUAACUGAAAAACCAACACACAUGAGCUAGGAAGCAAGCAUUGGAUCAAAAUUGAAAAGC